AUGGAUACUCUUCCCGUAAUCACUUCAAAUGAGUUCAAGUCUCACUGUCAUUCAUCUCACCAAAUAUUUCGUUUAUUAAACUAUAUUCUCUUAGGUGCAUCGUCGAGUUGUAUCUUCCUUACACUCUCCUUCUGCCUAAUCCCCUCAUUAUUCGGAGGCCUUUUCAUCCUCCUCCACGUUCUCACAAUCGCUGGUGCAGUCCCCGGCUGCACGUACACUGCAGCCCUAGCGAGGUCCAACAAUUGGUACGUCAUUCAUAUGGUAGCUACAGUUAUAACAACAAUAUUUCAAGGGUCUGCUGCUGUGCUUAUUUUAACAAAGACUUAUGUUUUUUUUGGAGAAUUGAAGUCCUAUGUUAGAGCAGAAAAUGGUGUUACAAUUUUGAAAUUGAUUGGUGGAUUGUCCAUUUUGAUAUUUUGCUUGGAAUGGGUGGUUUUGCUAUUGGCUUUUGUUUUGAGGUACAAUGCCUUUGUGGAAGGGAAUAAUAGAGUUCAAAUGAAUUCAAAUCGUAAAAGCAACUAUAAAGUUGAUCAAGAUGAGACUUUGAAAGGCUGUUCCUCUCCAAUCCAAGUAUAAUAUUUUAAUGGACAAUUUGGAGCACUAAACAUUUCGCAUUAGGAAGGUCACACAUCAAGGGAUGUGAUGAGACAGCCUACCCGAAUACAAGUACUAGUGAUUGUGUCGCCUACUCAAAUACAAGUACUAGUGAUUGUUUUUAUCUCGAGACCUAUACGUCACACGUACGUUACUCACAAGCUCUACUUUCAAGUACAAUAUUUAUAUUUACUUCAUUUGCGAAGAAUUACCUUGUUCCAGACCUUGAAACUCUAUCGGAAUUAUUUUAUUCAUACUAAAAUAAUAGAGUACUAUAAAUGAA